UUCCUUGAAGGAUGAUCCUGAACCCUUGUCCUCCAGGAGUUGUGCAAGAUCUGAGAGCAGAGGGUGACGUGGAGGUGUGUCAGGUCCAGUUCUCAGCCCUGGCAGCCAGAGGAGCUGUAGGUCACUUUCCUGGCAGCAUAGCAGAUGUGGAGAUUGGCAGUAAGAGAAGACAGCAGGCUGCCCAAGGGCCCCACAAUAGGUCGGUGGGCCAGCCACGGCUAGUAGGCCUAGGUCUCCUGGAGACCAUCCAUCUCAAAGCUGCUGCUGCUGUACAGACACAUUCUCUCUUCAAGGGCUAGACACAACUUAAGCUUGGGCAUCCCAGCUCUUGGCCAGCAGCAGCCAUGAACUAUGUGGGGCAGUUGGCAGAGACGGUGUUUGGAACAGUUAAGGAACUAUACAGGGGCCUAAACCCUGCCACGCUGAGUGGCGGCAUCGAUGUGCUGGUGGUGAGACAGACGGAUGGCUCCUUCCGGUGCUCGCCCUUCCACGUGCGAUUCGGCAAGCUGGGUGUCCUGCGGUCACGGGAGAAGGUGGUAGACAUUGAAAUCAAUGGAGAGCCUGUGGACUUGCACAUGAAGCUGGGGGACAGUGGCGAGGCCUUCUUUGUCCAGGAGCUGGACAGUGAUGAGGAAGACGUGCCUCCUCGCCUGUGCACCUCGCCUAUCCCAUGGGGAGGUCUGUCGGGCUUUCCCUCAGAUUCCCAGCUGGGCACAGCCAGUGAGCCUGAGGGCCUUGUCAUCACUGGGCGGAGAAAGAGGAGGCGUAGGAGGAAACCCAGGCGCAGGGAGGGCGCUGUGGACUCCAGUUCUGAGGAGUUGGAGGCAGAUGCCGAGAGUGAGCUGUCCUUGCAGGAAAAGCCAACACCAGAGUCCCCAAGCAGUGCUCAGGAGGAAGAGUCCUCAUUGCAGCCUAAGGACAUCUACCCUUAUUCUGAUGGCGAAUGUACCCAGCAGGCCAGCCUUUCAACAGGUGACCUAAUGUCCCCUAAGAGUGACUCUGAGCUGGAGCUGCGGUCCUUGGAGCCCAGUCCCCUGAGAGCUGAGUCUCACAUGCAGUGGUCCUGGGGAAGACUGCCUAAGGUGGCGAAAGCUGAGCGGCUUGAGUUGUCUAUGGUCCUUGACAGUGUGGCCGAGGCAAUCUCUGCUCUUCCUGAAGAACCGGAACCUAACACUCCAUCUUCCCCCUCUGUGGCUGGUGUGGACACUUUGAGACCCCCAGUGCUUCAGCCUAGGGUCAGCACUGAAACAGUGCAACCUGAUGUGGCGACACACUAUGAGGAAACUCUAGUGGAUUCUCCCCUUGCCACCGCAGAGAGUAAGGAAACCAAGACUCAGAAUUCUAGGGGUGCGAGCCACCCUCCUGCCACUAAAUCCUGGAGCUGGAGCUCUCUGGAGAGCCAUAUUCCCUCUGGACAUCCUGAAGUCUCCAAGGGAAAAGGUCCCCUGAAGAGAAACCACCAUCUGGGCCCCAGUGACAUCUACCUGGAUGACCUCUCCUCCCUGGACUCUGAGAAUGCAGCCCUUUAUUUCCCCCAGAGCGACUGUGGGAUGGGGAUCAGGAGGUGGAGUGAGCCCAGCCACCAGAAGCUCCUGGAGAACCCCAACCCUGAGCAUAUAGCAGAACCCACUCUGGACCCAGUGGACAAAAUAGAACUGUCCCUCUGUGGUGGACUGGCCGACACUCGAGACAUCUCCCUGGAGAAGUUCAACCAGCACAUGGUCUCCUAUGAGGACCUCAUAAAAAAUCCCGGGCUCCUGGAUGACCCAAACCUCGUGGUGAAAAUCAAUGAGAAGCAUUAUAACUGGGCUGUAGCUGCCCCCAUGAUUCUUUCUCUGCAAGCCUUCCAGAAGAACUUACCUGAGAGCACUGUGGACAAGCUUGAGAAGGAGAAGAUGCCCCGGAAGGGUGGACGAUGGUGGUUUUCCUGGAGACGCAGGGACUUUCCAGCUGAGGAGCACCAUGCCCAGAGGGAGAAAACCACAGCCAGGGAGCAGCAGGGAGAGAAGAUGGAAGUCCCAAGCAGUGAUGAUGACGCUCCAGAUAGUCCUGUGAUCCUUGAAGUCCCCACACUGCCAGCCUCCACUCCAGGCUGCAUCCCUACCUACAAGAAAUCCCUUCGUCUAUCUUCUGAUCAGAUUCGGUGUCUGAACCUGCAUGAAGGAGCUAACGAUGUGGUUUUCAGUGUGACUACCCAGUACCAAGGCACCUGCCGUUGCAAAGCCACCAUCUACCUGUGGAACUGGGAUGACAAGGUUGUCAUCUCUGACAUAGAUGGCACCAUCACCAAGUCGGAUGCUCUGGGCCACAUUCUCCCCCAGCUGGGGAAAGACUGGACACAUCAGGGCAUUACUAGUCUCUACCACAAAAUCCAUCUAAAUGGGUACAAGUUCCUGUACUGCUCAGCACGGGCCAUCGGCAUGGCUGACCUCACCAAGGGAUACUUGCAGUGGGUGAGCGAGCAUGGCUGUGGCCUUCCCAAGGGCCCCAUCCUGUUGUCUCCCAGCAGCCUCUUCUCUGCCCUCCACAGAGAGGUGAUUGAGAAAAAACCAGAAGUGUUCAAGGUUGCCUGCCUGAGUGACAUCCAGCAGCUCUUUCUGCCCCAAGGUCGACCUUUCUAUGCUGCCUUUGGGAACAGGCCAAAUGAUGUUUUUGCCUACCGGCAAGUGGGCCUACCUGAAUCUCGAAUCUUUACGGUCAACCCCCGGGGAGACCUCGUUCAGGAGCUCAUAAAGAACCACAAAUCCACGUACCAGCGGCUCGGGGAGGUGGUUGAGCUUCUCUUCCCACCUGUGGUGCGUGGCCCUAGCACAGACCUGGCCAACCCUGAAUACAGCAACUUCUGCUAUUGGCGGGAGCCACUGCCAUACGUGGACUUCGAUGCCCUAGUAUGAGCCUACCUAGGCCUGACCCAGGACUGAUGCGGUGCUAAGGACACUAAGUAUUAGAAGAUGAGUCCCAGUCCAACAAGGGGGCAGCAAGUUGGUUGGCAGCCAGAGAGCCUUGAAAACAAGUGCUGUAUCUUCCAUGAGAUUACUCAGUACCAGGGCACCUGACACUACAAGGCCAUUUACUUGAAGAUAUGGAAUAGCGAAGCAAUCGUCUCUGGCACAGAUGGCUGUGGGGAGCAUGGAGAUUAUCUAGGGACUAUGGGUGUGCCCAGGACCUGCCUUCCUACUGGGUACCUCCAACAA